AUACUUCGAAAAAUCAGCUUACAGCACUAGAAAAAAGAUGAUAAAGCUAGAUGCUAAUCUUUACAUCAGUUAGGUCACUCUAUGCUUGGAGCUCAUUUGCCUUGCAAAUACUCUAUUGUAACUUGCUGGGUCCCUCCCUACUCACUUAAAUGAUUAACUCCACCCCAAAAAAAGAAGAACUUUUGCUGAAACUGCUGGAGGAGAGACGGAUCCUGCCCCCUGAAACCAUGGGGCCUGUCAGCUACUCAUCAGAGACCUAUGACUUGAGCCAGGUGGAGCUGAGUGGCUACUACGAAGCCGACAACACCACCCCUUCUUUGGAGGGUUACUUUUGCUUCAACCCAGCCUCAUCUGUGGUUGGCAACCAGAGAGACCCCUUCAGAAAGGUCUUCAUGCCACUCAUCUACCUGCUGAUUUUCGUGUUGGGGACUGUAGGCAACGCCCUGGUUCUGGUAAUUUUAGAGAGGUUCAAGCGGUCUCGCACUACCACAGAAAACUUCCUUUUCCACCUCACCCUGGCCAACUUGGUGCUGUUGCUCACCUUCCCCUUCAGCGUGGUGGAGAGCUUAGCUGGGUGGGUCUUUGGGAAGUUCCUCUGCAAGAUCCUCAGUGCUGUCCACAAGAUCAAUUUCUACUGCAGUAGCAUGCUACUGGGGUGCAUCGCGGUGGACCGCUACCUGGCCAUCGUCUAUGCGAUCCACACCUACCGCAAACGCAGAGCUCGCUCCAUCCACCUCACCUGCAUGGCUGUCUGGCUCUGCUCACUGCUUUUGACCUUACCCGAUCUUAUCUUCAUGGAAGUCUGGACAGAUGACAGCAACCGCAGCAUUUGCUAUUUUCCAGAGGUUGGGAUUGAUGGUAACAACGCCUGGCUGGCGACCCGCUUCCUCUACCACACCGUGGGCUUCUUUGUGCCCCUGCUGGUCAUGUGUUACUGCUACACAGCCAUUGUCCGGGCCCUGUGUCAGUCCCAGCGACUUCAGAGGCAAAAAGCUGUCCGUGUGGCCAUCCUGGUCACAGGUAUCUUCCUGCUCUGCUGGAGCCCGUACCACAUUGUCAUCUUCCUGAACACGCUUACCAAGCUAGAAGCCUUCACCAAGAACUGCCUCCUGGAAGACCAGCUGGACACGGCCAUCAUGGUGACAGAGGCCAUCGGCUUCAUGCACUGCUGCCUCAACCCCAUCCUCUACGCCUUCAUUGGAGUCAAGUUUCGUAACGACUUCUUCCGGAUCCUGCAGGAGCUCAGCUGCAUAAGCCAGGAGACUCUGCAGGAGAUCCUGGAGGUGACGAGGAAGGGCAGUGGGAUUGAGUCUGACAACACCACCUCUAUCUCCACUUUCUAGCUGGGAAAGGCUGCCUGCAGGGCAGAACCAGCCUGGAAUUUUCCUUCCCAGCGGCACACAUGCUGUGGCCUCAGUCCUAGGUUUCACAAGCAUCCCCUCCACUUUCUUCACUCCUCAGGAAACUGAGGUCCAAUAGCAACUGAACACCGAAAUUCCACCAGAUACCUUCCCUGGCUCCUUCUGGAUCUCAUACCCGUGGAAAUCCAUCUGGCAGCUGUUGGUGAACACUGACUCUGAUAGCCACUCUGGCGCGGCUGGAUGAACCCGAGUGGGUUGAACCUGAUGUUUCCACCUCUCCCUCGAAAGACUGACUGCAGGUGUCCUGUGCACAGAGCCAGGCACGAGACUAGGGUGCCAGGGGCAAGGAAAAAAAGGACAACCAAGUAAAUGUGGAGUUGUGUCAGUGAGCGAGGACCGAGGACAAAAGCUAAGCAGGUCUCCAUUUUACUGGCUCAGCUUCAUAGAGACAUGUCCAAAGGAAGCUGUGGGACUCAUUGGCCACAGCAGCUGGAACAAGAGAUGCAGGUAGGACCAGCAGGGAAUACAGAGCUCACUCCAAUAGCAUGGGCAUACAGUGCUGGGUGAUCUCUGGCUGCAAUAUUGCUCCUUCUGCUGCAUGACAUCCCCUUGGCCAGCUGUGGCACGCUGAUCUUCAUGGCUCAUGCCAGAAGGUCCUGCCAUGGACUGAAAGAUUUGACUGUCAUGGGUUCCUUUCCAGCCAGCUGCAUCCUAUCCCACUCAUUCGAUCCGUUUUACUGCUGUUAAGAGCUCCAGCGAGCAACUGCUGAACUGAAUGCCUGACUAUGCAAAAGCUUUCCUUUAAGGAAGAAAGUUGUCUGAAGAGACAGCUUGUGUCUUGUGACUGAGCACAGGGGAGACAAACCACACGGCUUUGUGAGGCUGAAUGUGUAACUUUCUUUUUUGCAGCUAGUUGUAAGGCAGUUUGUGGGUUCUGAGAGCAAGGAGACCCACUGCCCCAGAGUAGGGAAAAAAGCUCAUUUGCAUAAUUGCUCUUGUUUUUAGUGAGCUGAGAGGGAAUGUAGCGGUUUGCUUUGCAUUGUACUUUCUGGUAUUUUUGCUCCACCUGCAUCUAAGGUGGAGCAAAAUCUAACCACCUUUCAGAGGUUUUGUGCAUCCAGGUUUACACAAGACAAACCCGGGCACUGGUCUUGCCCUGAACAAUGUGUACCCAGGAACUGCUCAGAUCAGAGAAGCUUGUUAAUGGUUUGGUCAAAAACAAGAGCGGCAGCUUUCACUGUCGUGAAUUAUCGCACCGCAAGCUGGCGUGUGGGGCAGCCCUAGCGGACUGGGGCAGCCUGCUGCUUCCUAUUAGGUCUUGUCACAGCAUAACAUCGCAGCAUGUACACAGCAUUGCUCCAUUACGUUUCUCUCGCUAGCUAAGUGGUGCUGUAGCCUGAACAGUAUGAGAGCCAUACAUCCCCACUGUCGUGCGAGCGUGACCCUAAUCACAAGCGCAUUUCAAAACCUGCUGUACCAUUCACCUUGCUUUUUAAGCAAAGUUGGAACAACAUCAGCUCUCCUGCUGGAGGAAUUUUGUGCAAAACUCACCUCUGAGGUUCAACCCACUAACAAAGGGCUCGGUUGUAGCCGAACUUCACUGUACCCAAGGGCCCUGCUAAAAACACCAGUCAUUAUGGUAGGGGUCACAUUAUAUUAGUCCAGCUCAGGCAGAGAUCUCAACAGCUCAUUCUCAGACGGUGACUUGAGGAGAACCCCCCCGCCAUGUAUAAAGCUUUCAUACAGCAAGCAGUUCACCAUUUCCUGCAGCACCGCACCGCCAAAGCUGAAACCUACAGGUAACGGCGACCGUAGUUGUCCAAGCACAUACGCACAGCAGAGGAAGAGCAGCUCUCUGAAGCCUGCCCUUGCUAUCUCCACAGUUGCACUCAUGAGCAAACCCAUUGCAGAUGCAUUGUAAACACCUCCCCAGCCCUGGUUCUGAUGGGAACUGUGUUUAUACACAAAAAUGGUACUGAAGAAAGGUACAGUCAGGCGUAAAAUACUUACAGUGCUCACAAGGUAAAGAAAAGAUUGCCUGCAAAAUAAGAGUGAACAGAUUAUGCCUCUAUUGUUACUAUAGUUUUUAGUGUGUUUGUAAACUUUCAGGAAGUUUUGACAUCAGCUGUAAUAAACAGUUAAAUAAAAUACCAUCUUCUCAUGUACAGCAU